CCACCUCCUUUAUAGAGAGCGCUAUAAACUGGAGCACAGUUCAGCCACUAACAUUUAACUGGUGGAGUCUUACUGCGCUCACAAUGAUGAACUUCAUCUUGGCUUCACUCUGCACCUUCAGUUGGAUUUCUGUGUCAGUUUGUCAGUUUCUCACAGUUUCUGUUCGGCCUGCUGAAGACGUCACACUGAUGUGCAGCAACUUGAGUGAAGUUUUAUCUCACAUAUCUUGGUUUAAGAUGAACAGCAGUCCCAACGCCAGCCGCAUCUCAUCCAUGCUCAGUGCUGAGUCUAAUGUUUCUCUAUUUGAUGGUUUCCACUUCAGUAAAUAUAAUAUGACAACAAACAUCACAAACCUCUUUCUGACAAUCAGAGACGUGAAUAUCUCAGAUUCUGGACUGUAUUUCUGUGGACUCUAUAUAGCAGCAGUAGGAGCAGCAGUCCCUGGAGUGUUCACUGCAACACACUUACAGGUGGAAGACGUUUCAGACAGAUUACUCAAUCUGCCUUGUAUGAUCCUUGGCUGUGUUGCCGUCUUCCUUACAGUCGUCAUUGUUGCUUUGGCUGUCAAAAUCAGGACAAUACAAUCAGGUCAAACAGAGAGAAAGAAUCCACAGCCCUCUGAGAAUCUGGACCCUGACUGUCUCAACUAUGCAGCGCUGAAAUCACAUCCCAAAGCAAAAAACUACACAAGGUUGUCAGACGAGAAAGAGCUGGAGACGAAUGUUCUGUACGCUGCAACACGAGAAACUCAUCAAGAAUAAUGGCAACAGCUCAGACAGAAAAUAUUGCUUCAGUUUCUUUAUGUGCUUGAAUAUUUUUAUUCUUACAAGAAACUCAUUUUCAAAACAAACUGUGCAAACAACAAAACUGAUGUUUGAAAUCAGUGAGAACCUAACAGUCCAGACUUAUACUGGGUCUGCUGCAGUGGCUCAAAGACAGAAAUCAUGUUUUCUAAGAAUAGUUAACAUAAAUCAACCUGAAAUUGUCUUAGAAGCUGUAAAAAUCAAGAAUGUGGUUCAAAGGUCAACUUUAACCUACAUACUUCUAACGUUGAGAGAUACAGAUAUAUUCAGUUGGCAAAAGGUUCAACUUCAAACUACAUACAGUUAUUUUCCGCUGCAGCAGAAGAAAGAGCAAAUACAUCUUUCAUCUGUUCUGCUUCUCAACUCUGUCACAGAAUUACAAAACUAUGUAUUUUAUUUGUGUAAUAACUAGGGGAACAAAUUCCUCUACCUAAAAUAUACAAGGUUAAGUUUUCUAUGGACUCUCACACAAAAGUCUUUAUUAUCACACUUGACUAUAUGAUAGAUACAUAAUACAGUUUUUAUGGCUACCAAGAUUGUAACAUACUUAUUUUGUUGACUAAAUAUAGAUUGUUUUUUGCUCUGAGUCUAG